CUCCAAAGAGAAGUGAAAGAGGAGCUGGAGGAUCAACAGGCAGCCUUACAGUUUGCUGCUUUCUGUGCUGCACACUCACAGACUGUCGGGAAGUCUAUGAAGAAUGGAACUGACGCUAGUUAAUUUUCGAUCAAGACAAAUCACUGUCUUGCGGAUGUACUUCAGUCGACUUCUGCUGUUGAUGCACUAAACAUGGCAAGUCUCUCCGCACAGAGCCCAGGGAGGCUGUCUGGAGAGGAUUAUCAGGACCAAAAAUGAAAAAACUUUCUGCCUGACAGAGGAGAAACUCUUGCAAAGAUGAACCCUGAAUCUCUGGACUCGUCCAUCCAGAGUGCCCUGUCAGCCCUCUUCCCGCCUUUCGAGGCCACAGCGCCAAUCGUCCUGAGCCAGCUGUUUCGCUCCAUUGAGGAACGUUACCACGGUGAUGCAUUGCAGUGCCUGCUGGACUUCCUCAUCCCCUCCAAACACCUGCUGGAGAGUGUCCAACAGGCAGCAUGUGCUGGAUACUCUGAUGUGGUUUUCCGCUGUGAAGGCUGGCCUCUGUGUCUCCAUGACAAAACCGUCAUCCAGUUAGCGCCUGUGAACCCUUUGUUGCUGCGUCCUGGAGACUUCUAUCUGCAGGUAGAACCUUUCGGAGACCAAGCGGCUCGCAUUGUCCUCAAAAGCCUUCUGGAGGAGGGCUGUCGAGAAGUGGAGGAGACCCCCGUCCCUGAGACUUCCUACCCCUGCAUCUUCACUGAAGAAUGGCUGCAGGACAUCAAUGAAGGACGCCAUGGAACUCCUCUGUCACAUUGCCUGCUUUGCACAGAUCAAGGAGUAAUCAAGUUGCCCUGGGCUAAAAUCGCCAUUCCAGAAUUUUUAGACAAGCCUAAAAUCAUGCCCACUUAUCGGGAAGCUCCUCCCGAACCAAAACAGGUGUCAGUUCCCUCCCAUUUCAACUCCUCCACCCUGCCGAUGGAAGCCAUUUUCCUUCCAGCAAAAGACAGGAUGUCAGCAUCUUUGAGACCUGUGGACUGUUCUUCCAAACUAGUCAAAAUGGAACAUGAAAGACAAAUCCCCAAAUCAUGCUCCAAACCCUUAAUCAAACCCGUGGGUUGGGUUUCUCCUAAUACAUGGGACAGUCGCGAGACAUAUCGAGAGAUCGAGGGUGAUUAUGUAGACCUGGUGGAUAUCGCUAAAGGGAAGGAGUUUGUGGAUAAACAGAAAGGCAGCCAUCCAAAUCCAAAUUCAGUUUUGUUCAAACCUGUCAGACCACCUCCACCUGUACCGUUCGGGAAUAAUGUUCCCUGUGGACGCACCCUUCAGUAUGCAGAGGAGCCUUGUACACCGUGCAGCCAGAGAAAUCUGGGGCAUGAGCCCACUGAUCAAGACUUGAAGUGUCGGUACAGAGACUCGUACGUGGCAGCACUGAGAAACCCAGUCACUUUUGAGAGGGGGAGUGUGGACCUCCUGGCUGCCCUGGAGGAGGUCAGCCUAUGUGAAGACGGAGAGUUAAGAUCCAAGGGUACAACCGAAGCUCAAAGAGACGAACUUGGAAACUUUUGUAACCACUGUAAUACACCUGUGAUAAACAGCGAGCUCUGCCAAUACAGGCACUGCUGUGAACCCAAACCAGAAAACUUGGCAUCUUACCUCAAAGGCCUUCCUGCAAGUUUUGAACCAGAAAUCCUUAUGAAGGAACCGCCCAUGGUUUUGAAAUCAACACCUGGUUUGAGCCAUAGUCAGAAGGUUCAGAUGAAACUUCUUUCCCACCAGUCAGGCCAUAAUGCUAGCGUGCAUCCAGGAUCUGAUUUGUUCUUGGAGAACUGUGACGUCAACGUUAAACCACACCAGAAGGUGGAGGUUGUGAAACCAUCAGGAAAACACAAAGUUAAGGUUAGGUCUCUGUCCACCGUGUCAGAGACAUCUAAAGGGAGCCCACUUCUCUAUAAACUCAGCAACAGGAGCCACAGCGAUAUCUGCCCUGAAACAAUCACCAGCAUCAUGCAGUGUAAGAAAGGCGAACUGCUGGAUCAGGUGACUCAGAAGCCGGAAAGACGCAAGUCCCCUAAAAAAGACUCCCAGUCAAGUAGGAGUGAAACUCCCUCCACCACAGAUGGUCCAGUGUCCAAACUCCAUCACUCAAAGAUAGAAAAAACGUCUUCUCCACAAGUUCAACUUCCGUCUGCAAGUUGUGACGCUCCGCAGCCACAGACGGAGGAAUCAACCUUCAAAAGCGUCAGUGGUCUGCUUGAACUGGGUGUUAUUUAUCUGCCAGGCAGCAGGGACAGGACAGGCAGGGCAGUGGUGGAGGUCCAUGGUGAUAGAAAGGAGUGGGCGUCCCCACUUGUGUCAGCCCAAAAUAUCUGUGAAUUACUGCUCUACUUACACUCCAUACCAAGGAAAGAAAUUCGAGAGCUGGGAAUGACUUUGGUCAUCAAUGCCAGGAAGAAGCCUCCUUCGCCUCAGCUAUACAAAGCUCUGCUGAUGGCCCAGGAGCAAGCUCUCCAUGCUGUCCACAGUAUUGUGAUGCUGGUGGAUAAAGACACGUGUCCUCGACCUGAGAAGCAGCCAGGGUUACAGAUGGACAUGGUGACUUCCCUGAAAGCCCUCAACAAGACAGUUGAAGCUUCCCAGCUGACCUCUGACCUGGGAGGGACCUUUGCUUACAGUCACAGCGACUGGCUGCAGUUCCAUCAGAGACUGGUUUCUUUCAUGACGGACCUGCGAGGGGCAGACAGCUUGUUGCAGAAGGCCAUCCAGAAAGUGGAUGACAGCAAAAAGAUAGACACAGCGCAGGAAGUGCAGCAAUGCAUUCAGGAACAGAGGGCUUCAAUGAAAGAGGUGCUGGAAGACGCUCGGCUAGUCACUCUGCAAAGAGAGGGAGGGGCCGUGCUGGCCAGAAUGAGGAGGGAGGACCUCAGAUUUCCACAGUCUGAGGACUACAGAGGUGCUGUGGAGUCAGUCACAAGUCUGUACAACCAAGUGGAGGAGAAGCUCCACACGCUGGUGAUGAGAUCAAACGAGUCACUGCAGCACCUGGAGUUCCUGUUCAGGCUCAGAGGGAUGGAGGCCAGCAUCAGCGCGGCAGGGAUGUGGUUCAGUGCAGAAGGCGAUCAGAGACUGAAGGACUCUUACACAACAGAUGAUACCCUGGUGUGCACUGAAAAGGCCCUGCAGCACUUUGAUCUGCUUCUCACUCAGUCUAAGGAGAAACAACAGCACGCCUUGACCCUAGUGACCGAGGCAGAGGGAAUUGUUGGCACGAGUGAUUCCAGUCCUGCAGCAGAUAUUUUUCGGACACUGGUCAGCACUUUCAAAUCCAAUAUCGAUGAUUUUAUGUUGCGGGCAGAACAGAGGUACAAAGAACUGGACACACUGGUGCAUGUGCACCGCUUCUGUGAGCAGGCGUCUGCCCUGGCCAAAGAUUGCAGUCAUAUUUUGGAGAAGGUAGAGCAGGGGUGUUACUCAGCUUCAACCCUCAGCACACUCCAGAUGUAUGAAGAGAGAUUAGGUGGCGAAUUCUCCACCCUGCACUUCCAGGCUGUGAAAGCUAAGGCCUGUGCCGUGGGAUCAGGGGCCUCAGGGGUGAUGGGAGUGUGGAAUGCAGCCUGGGUCCAGUGCCAAGAAGUCAGGCAGCAUCUUGAGGAGAUGCAGAAGAAGAAGAAAGGCGUAGAUAAGAACCAGAUCCAGCAGGUCACAGCUGCAAACCCUCAAGGGGAAGAUGGAGGAAUGGAGAAGAAGGAGAAAAGGAGUGAAGUGGGGGAAGGUGAAUGCUUCCUGACCCAGCAGCUGACCUCUCAGAAAGAGGUAGUCAAAAUCUCAGAAAGUGAAGGAGAAAGCACCACUGCCGCAUGCUUCAACCACCGUUUAAAAGCUGACAUGAAAAGGAGCAAGAAAGAAGAACUCCAAGCCCAGAAAUCACCUGAAGCGCCGGUUAAAAAUGAGAAAACGAGCCCCGUUUUUCCACAAAACGACGACUGUCAUCCAGAAAGCAAAUGGAGGCCAAGAGAGCACCACAGCGAGGCAGAUCUGAGGAGCGCAGACUCAGCUGAAGGUGCAGACAUUUUUCCACUGCACCAACCUUUGGGUCGCUCUCUAAGCGAGGGCUCGAGCGUGAGCUCUCAUUUGACGAGCAUCUCUGACUUUUCACCUUUGAACAUCAGAAACAAACACUGUCAGAGCAGGACACAGCCGCCGGAACAGAAUCUGCAGCCCAUCCAAAAUCUGCUCAUUUCCCAUAACGAGAGUUUACAGUCAGGAAACCUGAGCUGUGGGCCAAAAAGAGACAGUAAUGAUGAGGAGGGAGAAGGAUGCACUGCCCCCACCCACAGCCCUAAAGGUUUAAGGAGCCCAGAGACAUUACUCACACCGACGGAAAACAAUGGCAGCAAUGUCUUCAGGAAACUGCGGAGGAUCAUGGAGGAGCUGCUGUCCACAGAGCGGGAGUACGUGAAGGCUCUGGGUUAUGUUCGAGAGCACUACUUCCCCGAGCUGGAGAGGACUGACGUCCCUCAGGACCUCAGGGGCCAGAGGGGGAGCAUCUUCGGUAACUUAGAAAAACUCCACGACUUCCACCGCCAUCAUUUCCUGAAUGAGUUGGAGAGCUGCAUGAACGAACCCUUCAGAGUGGGACGCUGCUUCCUGCGACAUAGAGAGAGCUUUGCUUUGUAUGCCCUUUACAGCAAGAACAAACCGCAGUCUGAUAGUCUUCUCAUCAAUCAUGGACAGGCUUUCUUCAAGCAAAAGCAGCUGAAGCUGGGGGAUAAGAUGGAUCUGUGGUCGUACCUGCUGAAGCCUGUGCAGCGGAUCAGCAAGUACAGCCUGCUGCUGCAGGACAUGAUGAGGGAGUGUGGCCCGGGACAAACCAGAGAGAUGGCUGAGGUCAAGGCCGCCCUGGAGGUCAUCCACUUCCAGCUCCGCCACGGCAACAACCUGCUGGCCAUGGACGCCAUCCACCACUGUGACGUAAAUCUGAAGGAGCAGGGCCAGCUGAUACGCCAGGAUGAGUUCUUGGUAACAUUCAGGAAGAAAAAAUGUUUCCGCCACAUUUUCCUCUUUCAAGAACUCAUCCUCUUCAGCAAGACCAGGAAGACGGACGUAGGAAAUGACACAUAUGUCUACAAACAGUCAUUCAAGACGUCAGAUAUAGGCCUGACCCAAAACAGCGGUGACAGUGGCCUGUGUUUUGAGAUCUGGUUCAGAAAGAGGAAAACCCAGGACACAUACACACUUCAAGCAGUUAGCCGGGAGGUGAAGGACGCCUGGACCAAGGACCUGGAGCGGAUCCUGUGGGAGCAGGCAGCACACAACAGAGAGGUCCGUAUGCAGGAGAGAGUGUUCAUGGGUAUUGGAAACAAGCCUUUCAUGGACAUCCAGCCCAGCGAUGCAGCGAUCAGUGACAGAGCCGUCAACUAUGUGCUGAUGGGAAGAGAAAACAAGAUACUGCCCUCGGCGGGAUCACAUGGUUUACAGGACGCCCUUCCUGGGGGGCGGCCAAAAUCCCUCGGUUCAGGCAGCAGCUCAUCUUCCUCCUCGUCCUCUGGAAGGGGUUCUCUGUCCCCUGUGGGAUACCUGUUGGGGCCAAAGCAGAGGGUGGCUUCGGGGGGCCUUGGAGGAUACGUAUCAUCUCCUGGAGCUCUUGAGGAGGAUGAUCUGGACCACGAGAGUGGGAGUCAGAACUUGCUGUUGGACAGCUCCGAGUCGUCAGGAGAGAGUGUGAGUGGUUUCAGCAGUUCCAGUCACAGCUACCACUCUGCUAUUGGAGGCGAGGCGGAGGACGCCUCCUCGGUCUGUGCCUCCACGAUCACAUUGAAGGAGGCAGCGGUCGCUCGGGGAGCUGAAGCCUCUCCGGUCUUCCACAAACCAAAUGCUCUGUCAGAAAAAACCCGACCACCAGUUGCACCCAAGCCCAAGCCCAAACCACAAGAUCUGCCCUGUGUCAAGGUUCAGAACACCAGUGUUAGAAAAUCCACUGAGGUUUGACCUGUGCGAUACGGUACAAGAUCUGUAGGCAACCCGAGGAAAGAAGCGCUGAAGACAAAACCGUUUAAACAGACAUCCUUUUACACCAGCUGUAACUGUAAUGCAUUACUCUGUAAAUAGAGCUUGUUUUUUAAUCUCACCACUAAAACAAUAGGUCAGAGAAGCGUCUAUCAGUGUACUGUAUUAUGAACUUAAACAGUGAUUCAUUUUGAAGUGCAUGUCUGACAUGGCUUUGCAUAGUGUUCUGUAAAUUGGUUUAGUGUCAUAGCUCAUUCAAAGGAUCAUAGAUUUGCUACUGUACUAUCUUUGAGCCUGUGCUUACCUGUUGUUCAUAACAUAACGCUAAAUCUACAGUAGUCAAAGAAUGUGGCUACAUAAUCCUGGUGAAAUCAGAUGUGCACACUUUCAUAAGCAUCCCAGAGGACUUUAAUGAACUCAACUCAAUAUCAAAAGCAGUAAAUGCCAUAAUACCAUCUUUUGCAUCUACAUGUAUUGCCUUUUGUACAAAUUUAUCCAACUUAAUUACAACGUGUGUCUUACUUAUUUCCUCUGAAAAUGAAACACAUGCACUCUGUCCUUUCUUUUCAUUAACAGUGUUGUAUAAACUAAUAUGAAGAUAUUGAUCUAUGUAACAGUUGUAUGGCUUUCUAUUUGAAAUACAGCAUAUUUGCAGUGAUGAUGAA